CUGAAUAAAGAACAGGAAGAGUCGCACGAAUUCGCGGUCAAAGAAUUGGAGACUGAAUUGGAGGAUAAGAUUAGAUCAUUGGAUGAAUUGCAGAGAAUUUUGAACGAAAAUCAAGUUUUGCUGAAAACAAAGUCCGAAACAAUCGAUGAGAUGUCGGAACAGAAGCAGGAAUUAGAGAAUCGUUUCGAAGAGGCAAAGCUUAAGAACCAAACGCUCGCCAAUCAAAUGGAGGGUUUGAUUAAAAUGGUUGAGAUUGAGAGCCAGGAGAAGGAGAGACUCAAAGAGACUGUCGAUAGUAUCCAAAGGGAGAACUUCGAAGAAAGCGAUUUAAUGCGAGAGAAAGACGAGAGAAUCGAUAGUUUGCAGAAAGAGAUCCGCAAACAAGUGGAGGACCAGCAGGAGAUCGAAGAGCUGUUGAAUGAAAAGCAAUCGGAAAUCGAUUCACUCAAUAAAGACCUCGUUUUGGCCCAAAAAGAAAAGAUUGAGUUCGAGAACCGCUCCGAAGAGCUCCGCAAGAAGUUGCAGACCAUUAGCGCCAAUUCUGGUGAUGAGAUAAUAACACUUCAGCAACAG